UGUAAUACUUUACUCUCUUUGUGUCUCUAAAAUGGAGUAGCAGUGCCCCUUCCCUUCCCUCCUCUCCACACCCACUCUCUAUCUAAUUCUCUCUCAGAUUACACUUCUUUUCUUCUGCUCUUCACUUCUCCUCUUCACUCACUCACUCCACUUCGCCUCUUCCAUGUGAUUUUCCGAUAUGUUCAUUCUUGUGUCCGGGUGAUUAAGUUAUUUAGGGUUUUCGUACUUCUUGGGCUUCUUUGAGUUAUUGUCUGCGGCUUGUGGUGCGGGCAUGGUGGGCUCUGAGGACUCUGCUACUGCUGGGGACGCAGUGCAGCUUUCUGGUGGAAAUCGGAAAUUGUUCUGGCGCUCGGCUUCUUGGUCUGCGUCACGGUCCUCCCUUCACCAUCCUGAUGUGAACAAAGAUGGUGGAGACACCAGUGGGCAUCUUGGAGAUAGUAAUGGAACAAGCCGAAUUUUCCAUUCUCCAUUAACUCCAAGAUCACAGCAGCAUUGCAAAGCAAGGUCGUGUUUGCCUCCUUUAAAGCCUUUGUCGAUAGCCCGGCGAAGCUUGGAUGAGUGGCCCAAAGCGGGGUCGGACGACAUAGGGGAGUGGCUGCAACCUCCUACUCCAAGUGGGAGAGGAAAUGGGGAGAGGUUGAAACUUGAUUUGUCGACAAUUCAGAGAAAUCCGGAUAAGAAUUGUGGGCUUGUGAAGAGGGAUAAGAUUGCUUUCUUUGACAAAGAGUGCUCGAAAGUGGCGGAUCAUGUAUAUCUUGGUGGAGAUGCGGUUGCUCGAGAUAGGGAUAUACUUAAACAGAACGGAAUUACUCAUGUGUUGAAUUGUGUAGGAUUCGUUUGCCCGGAGUACUUCAAAGAUGAUUUCGUGUACAGAACUUUGUGGUUGCAGGAUAGCCCAUCUGAGGAUAUCACUAGCAUUCUGUAUGAUGUUUUUGACUACUUUGAAGAUGUUAGAGAACAAAGUGGAAGGGUUUUUGUUCAUUGUUGCCAGGGAGUAUCCCGGUCAACGUCGUUGGUGAUUGCCUAUCUGAUGUGGAGAGAAGGGCAGAGUUUUGAUGAUGCAUUUCAAUAUGUAAAGGCAGCAAGAGGUAUUGCUGACCCGAAUAUGGGUUUCGCUUGCCAAUUAUUACAGUGCCAAAAGAGGGUCCAUGCUUUCCCUCUUAGCCCAAGUUCAUUGUUGAGGAUGUAUAGAGUUGCCCCACACUCACCAUAUGAUCCUUUGCAUCUCGUCCCCAAAAUGUUGAAUGACCCUUCACCAUCUGCACUCGAUUCUAGAGGUGCUUUUAUCAUUCAUAUACCAUCUGCCAUAUUUGUUUGGAUUGGUAAGAACUGUAAAGCAAUCAUGGAAAGGGAUGCAAGGGGGGCUGUUGUGCAGAUUGUUCGGUAUGAGAGAGUGCAAGGGCCUAUAUAUGUAAUUAAGGAAGGGGAAGAACCAAUAAACUUUUGGGAUUCCUUUGCAAACCUGUUACCUCUAAUGGAUAAAUCCAACAGUAAAAUCAAUCCUGGGGAGUUAAAAGGUAAACCUUAUCCAGGCGAGAGGAAAGUCGAUUCCUAUGAUGUGGACUUUGAAAUUUUUCAGAAGGCUAUAACUGGUGGUUUUGUUCCUCCAUUUCCUUCAUCUGAGAACGAGCACGAAACCCAUCUUCCUGUUAGAGAAAGCAAUUGGAGUAUGCUUAGGCGUAAGUUUGCCUCAGGAAACAUGAAAGAUUUCAUAUCAGCUCCUCGAGUAUCUCUGUCUAGGGUCUAUUCAGACUCGUCGAUGAUGGUGCAUUUUUCUGCAAAAUCCUCAUCGCCUUCAACGUUUUCUUUGUCUUCAUCAUCUUCUUCACCUAUCUAUCUUUCUCCAGAUUCCCUCUCUUCUGAUUCAGGUUCAAGUUCAAGUUCAAGUUCCAAGUAUUUUUCAGAGUCCUCUUUAGAUUCUCCAUCUGCAUCUUCACCUUCAGCUCCAGCUUCUUCAUCGCUGUCUAGUUUUUCUAACAUGUCUCUUAUCUCAUCCAAUAGUUCCUUAGAAUCUGUGCCCAAUGGUCCCGAAACUCGUGAUGCAGUCCUCUUGGAAUCAAGCUCUCACUCACUCUCAUUCUCAUCUAAAAAGUUCUCACCUUCUCUUGCAGAACGCCGAGGUAGUUCAAAGUCUCUGACAUUGCCUACAAUGCCCAGUAAAAUCAGAGCAACAAAUAGUGCCUCAAGAUUUCUUGCCACUCAAGAAGAUAGUAAGAGGAAAAACAAGAAUUCUUUCUCUCUUAAUGUAUUAAUUAAUAUGAAAAAUGACUCAGAGCCUACAGAUAGGGUUGCAAAUGAACAGACAAGUUCCACUCAGAAUUUCAAGAAUUUUGAAAAUGGAAUCGACGUAAGGGUAGGUAGUGUGGCCUCGUGCCAGCAGGAAACUAAAGUUGAUGCACAAUCUACUAGUUCAUGGAAAAGCUAUCCCAAACCUUUUGAAAAAGGCAUGCUAUCCACCACUGUGUCUGGGAAGCAAGAUGGUGAGUUUGUCCAACCUAUGGUAUACUGUUGGCCGGAAUUAGAAAGGAUUGCAGCUUUUGACACAAGUUACCUCAAUUCUAAAGCUGCUUUAGCGAUCUUCUCUCCAAGUAGGUAUUUAGGCAAGAAGGAUGACAUGAUGCUGUUUAUGUGGGUAGGAAGUUCUUUUGACCAUGAUUUAUCUCAGGUUCGAGUAAAGAGGGAUAACGACUUGGUUGAUUUAGAGAAGAUAGACUGGGUUAAAGUUGGUCAAUAUAUACUUACUGAAGUAGGUCUGCCAGAAAAUGCAGAAAUUAAGAUCGUUAAAGAAGGUGAAGAAACAGAGGAAUUUCUUGCACGAUUGAGUCUGUUGUAGCCCUGCUGCUGAGACAUUUCCUUCAUCUGGUAUAACAAAAAUUAUUCGAUUGUUGAACUGGCUUAGCGAUUCAUGCAACUUAGUCAUCAAGAUGAACUCCCCUUACAAAAAUUAGUGAGGAGACGCUUGAAAACCCAAGUCGUUUAUAGCAAGUCUUAACAAGUUGUACAGAGCUGUAAACCCCCCCACCCCACCACGUAAUUCAAAUUUGAUACUGUAAACAAUUUCCUGGAAGGGCUCUUGCCUUUCCCUAACACAUGUUCUUGACUUUUGCCUUCUUAAUAGGAUCAAUCUUUCUUUUACUAA